AUGGUGCUUACACAGAAUUUGGGGAAGGAGGAGUCUUGCUCAAAAGUAGUUCUUGAACUGACCCAAUCAGUGUCAGUGGUAUUUGAUCCACCUGUUCAGCAAAAUGGGAAGCAAGAUUGGUCCUUUGUCAAACUGUUUGGCAGCCCUCUCUCCACCAUUUGCCCAAUAGCUACAACUAGUAAAGUGUAUGUAGAUACCUCAUCCAAUAAAUCUGGUUCAGAAUUUCAACUGAAUCUGGAGCCGUCAGAAAUGGUGCACAAGGAGAGUUUGAGGGAAGGCAACUCCAUGCCGGAAAAGACCUUUGCUGUUUUUGACUUAAAGGAUAUUCUGGAGAAGUCUCGGUAUGUGAAUGUUGGGGCGACCUAUAAAAAACCUCACAUUUAUGGAAUCAUAAUGCCUCCUGUGCUCCAUGCUGAUCGUAAAAUCACAGGUUUUGGGCAAGAGCAGGGAGGAAUUCACUGUACAUUCUACAACCACCAUCCAAAAAAGGCUCUUAAAAUAGUGUACUUAGAUGUAAUACCAUGGUACUUGAGAUUGUACACACACACACUUGCCAUCAAGCACGGAAGUAAAGAUAUUAAACCUGAUCGGAUGCAUUAUGAACCUGCGCGGGAUCGCAGUCGCCCACACCAUUUGGAACUGAUGCUGACGCUUCCACCCAAAUCGGUGGUUGAGUUGAGUGUGGAGUAUGACCUGGCAUUCUUAAAGUGGACUGAAUACCCUCCUGAUGCCAACCAUGGUUUCUAUGUUGGGUCUGCAGUCAUCAGUGGCAUUUUGGAUUCGGACAGGAACAUAUCUCACUUUCCUUCUAGCACAUCAUCAAACUCUGAGGGUCAUUUUGUAAGGGUCCACACACAGAUCUUAUUGGUGUCCCUACCAACUCCAGACUUCAGCAUGCCGUAUAAUGUCAUCUGUCUUACCUGUACAGUAGUGGCCUUAGCCUUUGGACCUAUCCACAACAUUACCACCAAAGUUUUGCACCCUGUGGACGAGCAGAAAAAGGAAUCCAUGUUUUCAAAGUUGAAGAUGAAGAUACGAAACUUGUGGGGCUCAAAGCCCCAGGAAACAGUUUCAGACCCAAGUGAAACUCACGAGAGGUCUCGGUGAUAAUGUUUUUUUACUGCCAUUUCUGUAAAUACUGCCAUUCCACUUAAUAAAAUUUCUAGUAACAGCUUAA